AUGGGCUGGAGACUACUUGACUGCGCAGAGACUAAGGUUGACUGCACAUUGAACAGGACGAGUGUUCCGGCAGAUGCAGAUGUUGCCGGCAUUGGUAUCAUCGUCGGCUUUCUGUCUACAACGUGUUUAGCGUUCCUAAUCGCCUUCACGGUCCUCUUCCUAGACCGGUUCGAAGACAUCAUCAACUUCUACAGGAAAGCUUUCACAAAUAACAAGGCACAGUACGAGCAGAAUCACGACGAACAAGACCGUUUACGACCCUAUUGGCGAUCAGUUGCGUUUUGGUCGCGCGUCCUAAGCAAGAACCUUCUUGCUUUCUCGGACACGCAACUUCUCACAGGUCUUGCGAUCCAGUUCACAGCCAUGAUCAAGCACUGUUCGAUGUCCGUAUACCACUUUCGGAUCGUCACCGACCUCGCAUUUCUCACCACAGUCACGCACCUCCUUACGGUCGUGGCGCUCCGGAACUACUUCGUAAAGAACAAAUGGAUCAAUCUACCGCGCAUCUUCUUUAUGCUCGCCAAUCUCGCAUUACUCGGAUAUACUUCUUUCAUUUCCUAUUCUUACGAUCUUGUGGAUCUGAGGUUGUCCGACCCCUUGGCCUGUUUUUUCCAAAAUGAGCGUCCACAGUUUAGAGAUGCAUUUGCUGGCAAAUGGGCAGCACUUCUAAUUGGCGCUAUUGGAGGUCACGUUACCGUGAUAGCGGCUAUGUACUGGCUGAAAGACCCUGGUAAAAGCGACAAAAAGGGAAAGUGGUGGUGGUACAUCUGGUACUUCGGCGCUGUAUUUCGCACGUGGAUCGUCGCACCCACGUACUCAAUCUACGGAAUCUGGAUGGCUGGUGACGGUCUUCAGCAAACCCAAGCCCUUGGGUCUCCACCUGAAGGAGUGAACAUCGCAGACGGAAGUGAGAAAGCCUGGAACUUCGGGCAGUUUCUCCCUGUGUUGUUGCUUGCUCUUCCUAUCUUUGCUGGAUGGGAGAGCUUCUGGGAAGAGAAGGAUGAGGAUCGCGAUAGAUUCGGACGUCAUGGUGUGAGAAGGUCAAGAAACACCCUGGUGAUGAGCUCGUUCGAGAUGCCGGUGCAGAAGCAAAACGGCAAGUAUUGCCACUCUAGAGAUCCUUCGACAGAAGAGCAGCGCAUCGAGAUCUUCGCCACGUCUUCGUUCCACCUCUGGAGAUACCUCCACUUUGCGUCCUUCGCCUGGAUCGAACAUGUUGUUGACAGUGCCGUCACCGGCCGCGAGUGGGCUUGGGCUAAACUUCAGUAG